AUGAGCCAGGAUAUAGCAGAUGACAAUGAUGAGAUGCCAGCGGCCCUGGAAGCUGGCAAGAAGGAGACGGCGGAGGCAUCAGGGCAGUUCGAGAGGAUAAAGUCGAGACCCAGCACUUCAAACUCCUGGGUCGGAGGGAACUUGACCGACGAGGCUCAAAACCCGACAGGGGAUGGAGCAACAGGCGUACAAGUGUUCCAUGUAGUCUCAGAUGACUCGGAGAGCGAACACAUGGACGCUCCGUCUCCUCCCCCCCCUGACAACGACGAGCCGCUCGGAGGGGGGCAGAGGAGGCCGUUCCCGUCCCUUGCAGAUCUGGUGGACAGCGGGAGUGAUGCCUCGGACAAAGAAAUGGAGCCUCCUUCCCCACCCAGCUCUGCGGCGUCCAGCGAAGGCUCCUUCAUGCACAGGAUGGAAGAGUCCCGCAUGUAUGCAGGAGUCCAUCCAGGAGAGUUCGACGAGCAGGGUGCUGCUGGGUCAGGGUAUGCAGACUCGACUAUCCUGGAGAGGCUGCAGCAGCUGAAGCUCAGGGAGACGCAGCUUGAAGCCAAGAUCCGAGAGAAAAGGAAGCGCGCAAGGAAGGCUCAAGAGGAGGCUGAAAAGAAGGAAGAGGAGGGUACAGCAGCGCUGAGCGAUGAGCCUGCCCCCCUGCAUCACGAUCAGGCAGACCAACUUGACGAUGCUCCCUCGCCAGACCCGGACCUGGUUGUGCCUGUGCACAAGGUAUCAGCGAAGGAAUCAUACUUGAAGUCGUUGCAACUCAAAGAGAAAGUGGAAUAUGACAAGAUGGUGAAGAGAUGGCCGAAGAUCAGGUCAAGCUUCCUCCUGAUCUUCUACGAUGCCGUGUACAAGACAAAGGCUCUGCGGAAACUCAGGAAGCAAAGGCUGGCGGAGAUGUUCUGGUAUAUCAUCUUCGUGACCAUCAUCUCACUUUGUAUUAUACAAGCUCGAUCCUACAUGCAGAUCUUUAACGCCGUGGACACCUUGAAGCAGAGCAUGUGGACCUUGUCCAACUUCACGGACAUGCUUGUCAUCGUCAGCAAACUUCAAAGUUCUGUCCUCUUCCAGAAUGUCUCGGACAUGAAGAACCCGGGCACAAUGAAACUCAAAUUGAAGUCGAAUGUUGUUGGGAACAACCUCAUCGCAGGGGACGUACAGCUCAGGCAGUGGAAAGUCCCGCUGCACUCUUGUAAGAUCCCCGAGUUUGUGUCAGAGGUCGGAGUAUGCUUCCCCGAGUACACCAAGGCCAACCAGGAGAUUCGCACGAUGCCUCCAGGUCAGUACCCAUGGACGCUGGACCCCGACGGCCUCGUGCCCUCCUGGGGCUACUGGCUGGGAGGAGGAGGAGAUUCGUACAUCCCCCUCGAAUCUUUCCUCGCGCGAGUGUACGACCAGGGGGCCUAUACGGCAGACCUGAACAGCUCGCACGACGAUGUUGGCGCCUUGUUCGGCGAGCUUAAAGCGAAUCGCUGGCUGGACCACAACUCGACGAGGAUGGUGCGAUUGGAGUUCAAUUUCUACAACCCCAACGUCGAGCUGUGGUUUGCUGCGAUGAUCCAGUGGGAGGCAAGGAACCGUUGCCCAUGCUCCCCCUGCCUGACUUGCGAGCCUCAGGUCAGCCAGACUGGCAGCAUCGUCAACUAUUUCAGGACAGGGAUCUUCGUCACCAUGGUCGUCCUCGUCGCUAUCUACACGGGCAUACAGGUCGUUCACAUCAGCGAGUUGAAAAUCAAGUACCUCUACGACUUCUACAACGUCCUCACCAUCUUGAACCUCGUGAUCUUCUACAUCGUCAUCGUUCGCGAAGUCUCCACCCGCAUCGCUGCCAAUCGGAUCAACAAUGGUCCCAUAAGCUCUCAGCCUCAAGAACUUUCCUACUCCAUCCAGCUGAUCAACUACUGGACUGCGUUCAAUGCCAUGCUCCUCUGGAUAAAGUUGGCAAAGUUCACGGACGUGGUUCGAGUUGGCAAAGUUCACGGACGUGAGGUUCUUAUUCUCCAGCAGAUGAGCGCCCGGGUCGCUGCCUAUUCAGCUGCAUUCCAGCACACGUGCUGGGACGUCGUCGCGGUGAUGAUCGCCUACGGGAUGCUGUUCGGGGGGUUUGCGAUCUCGUUCCACGUGUACCUGGGACAAGACAUGCGAGAGUUCCAGGACAUGAAGACCGCCGCUUACUCCAUGUGGACCAUGGCGACGGGGUUGGGCCCUUACAGCUCGGAUUUCUAUCGCACGCAGAACGCAGCUGGUAUUGAGGAGGCUAAGAGGAGGGGAGGGUAG